GUUCAAGGCUACUGACGAGGCGAUUGAAGAUCUCAUGCGCGUCAAGGCUGUGCCGGCAGUAGGAGGCCUCUUCGGUGGUCUUCUCAACAACUUUUCACCCUUCGGUGGGUCUUCGGAGGCACCCAAGGCACAAAAGGCUGCUGCGUCACCUAGCCCAGCUGCCCCCAAGCAGACCCCUCCCAAGCAAGCUGCCAAGGCUCCUACACCAACCGCUGCAGAUGUCAAGCAGUCUGCCUCCAAUGCCGUUUCUGGUCUCUUUGGAGGAGUUUUCAACGCUCUCGACAAUGCACUGCCAACUCAGGACAAGAAGGAUACCCCUGCACCGAAGAAGAGCGCCGCUCCCUCACAGACCCCUCCACCUGCUCCUCCUAAGGCAGCAGCACAGCCCAAGGCAGACGAGCCGAAGGCUCAGCCUUUUGAGCAAGUUAUUGGCAGGUUCCUUCCAACACCCACCCCAGCUGCCAGCCUGAAGUACACUGGCAGGAUCGGCAGCGCUGACGUGUCAUCAAAGGCCAAGGAUGUCUUCAAGGGAGCUGCUCUCAACUUCUUGAACAUCGCCGAGAAGAUUAUCGACAAAGUGGACUCAGAGGAGAAGACUGAAGGAGGAGCGAAGGAGAAGGAGGCUCCCAAGAAGGAGGCUCCCAAGAAGGCUCCCGCGCCACAGCCCGUCAAGAAGGCGGAGGAGCCGAAGUCUUCGGCGCCAGCCAAGGACAGCAAAGUGGAGGUAAAGGCGGAGAGCAAGAAGGUGGAGCAACCCCCUGCCAAGGAGAGAUCUGAGGACGAGAUCCCCAUCGCCAAGAAGAGAGCGCUGGAAGUGAACUUGAAGAGGGCGGAGAGAGCAGGGGACCUGAAUCUCGGGUUCGGAGCAGAGUGGGAGACUUACAUCCCUCCUGAUGUCUAAGUAACAUGAAAUAAAGAAGCCUGGCAAACUUGGCACCAAGAC